AACAAAUAUGAAGUUAUUGGUAUCGUCAGACGAUAGUGGACUUGUAAAAGAAGUCAUAUUUAAUAGAGGAACUGAUACCUCGAAAAAAGAUGGAAAACAGCCCAAAUCAAUCAAGAAUUUCUGUUCUGAGCCACAAAUCACAUCAAAAACUUAUUUGUUAAACUUUGCUGAUACAUACCUUAUAGCUUCCAGAUAUGGAGGAAAUGUUUCUGUAUAUGAAUACACAAAUGAGGAGAUCGAACUUGAAGAUGAAGAAAUGUAUAAAUUAUUACAUCUGUUCAAACUUGAUGUGGACAAAUCAGAUAUUCCAAUUGCAUUAAUUGCUCUUGAAAGCUUAGAAAGUAUAAUAGUUGCCUAUGAAUCAGGUGUUGUAUAUAUAAUAAAUUUGAGUGAUGAGAAAUUUGAAUUCAAGCCCAUUCCUAUAAAAGUUAGUGAUGAACCUAUUUCUACCUUUGUACAGAAUCCUUAUGAUAAUGGAAUCUUUGCAUUUGGUGGUAAAGAAAAUGAUGCUAAAAUAAUAAGAUUAUAUGAAAAAAGUUUAAAUGCUGAAGUCUUCAAGACUAAGAAAGUUUCAGAAGCAUUUAUACCUCAAGUAAUAUUUAAUGCAAAGAAUGUUAAGAAUGAUCAUUUGGAUUUGAGAGUUCCUAUAUGGAUAACACAAAUAUUAUUCUUGCAAGAUCACCCAGAAAAUGGAUACAAAUUCAUUACAGCUACUAGAUAUGGACAAUUACGUCUUUAUGAUACUACUUAUGGUAGAAGACCAACAAAAGACUACAAAGUAUGUGAAAAGCCAAUUCUUACAUUAACUUUUGGAAAUCAACAACAAACUGAAGUCAUUGUAACAGAUACUCAUAAUUUAAUUGCUAAAUAUUCAUUAACUGAUAUAGAUGAAAAGGCUUAUAAAACCAUAUCUGCAUCUGCUGGAGAAAUUAGGAAACCAGUACCUAAACUCUUGGGUAAAUUUUCAGAGGGUGGUAAUACUGGGGCUACAUUUGGAAUUGCUACUAAUGAAGAAUUAUUAAUAACUGGUGGAUUAGAUAGAUAUGUGAGAGUAUUUGAUAUAGUAUCUAGAGAAUUAUUAGCCAAAGUUUAUAUUGGAGUUGAAAUAUCUUCGGUUAUAAUUGUUAAUGCUGAAGAUGAACUCACAGAAGAAGAGCUUGCAGCUGAAACUCCUAAGAUCCAAAGAAAGAAAAGAAGAGAUUUGGCUCUUGAAGAUAAGGAAGAAAGUGAUGAAGAAGAGUUAUGGAAUCAAUUGGAUGAGCGUAAUAAAAAGCAAAGAACUAAAUAGUUUUUAACAUUUAAUA